AUAAAAAAAACGAAAGAAAGAAAGAGAGCGAAGACUUCGUCGCAGAGACUUUUUGUGGAUUUAUCGUUUUUGUUUGAGAGUAUCUCUUCUUCUUCUUCUUCUUCUUCUUCAAUUCAAUCACACAAUUUUUAGGGUUUAUCUCACCUGAUUGGUUUGUUUAUUGGUGUAUAUAUAAAUCUGCGAAAAGUUGAAUAAUCGGAGAAAACUUCUUCGAUUCAGAAAAUGGGAAAAUUUUGUUGCUUCACUUCCGCUUCUGAGGUUGUGGGAGGACAAUCGUCAUCUCGAUCAGGUAAAGGAAGAAGUGAUGAAGGGAUUAUCAAGUAUGGGUUUAGUCUAGUCAAAGGGAAAGCUAACCAUCCUAUGGAAGAUUAUCAUGUUGCUAACUUUAUCAACGUCCAAGACCAUGAAUUGGGUCUUUUUGCUAUUUAUGAUGGUCAUAUGGGUGAUAGUGUCCCUGCCUACUUGCAGAAACGUCUCUUCUCCAAUAUCCUCAAGGAGGGAGAGUUCUGGGUUGAUCCUCGAAGGUCUAUAGCAAAAGCUUAUGAGAAGACAGACCAGGCUAUUCUAUCUAAUAGUUCUGACUUGGGUCGUGGUGGGUCUACGGCUGUGACUGCGAUAUUGAUUAACGGGAGGAAGUUGUGGGUAGCUAAUGUUGGUGAUUCAAGAGCAGUUCUUUCUCGAGGAGGCACAACAACGCAGAUGAGUACAGAUCAUGAGCCCCGUACUGAAAGGUCCAGCAUUGAGGAUAGAGGUGGAUUUGUAUCCAAUCUACCUGGGGAUGUUCCUCGGGUGAAUGGUCAGUUAGCUGUGUCUCGUGCCUUUGGAGACAAGGGACUUAAGACACACCUGAGCUCAGAACCUGACAUCAAAGAAGCCACUGUAGAUAGCUUGACAGAUGUUCUUCUCCUGGCCAGUGAUGGCAUUUGGAAGGUGAUGACAAAUGAUGAGGCAAUGGAGAUAGCAAGAAGGGUGAAAGAUCCGCAGAAAGCAGCAAAGGAACUAACAGCUGAAGCAUUGAGAAGAGAGAGUAAAGACGACAUAUCUUGUGUCGUAGUCCGAUUCAGAUGACAAACUCUGAAGGUGAGGGGAGGGUAUUUUACGAGGAGGAGAUGGUUCUCCUAAUAUAUAAUAAACCCGCAUUUUCAAUCAAAAGAUUCAUCAGGACCAAAAAAAAAAAAAGCUUUGUGUUUCACUGGAUUCGACGACUCUGAUGAUUCUGGUCCGGUUUAGACCGCGUCUAAGUUUCGAUUUUUUUUUGUGAUUAGCUUCUUGCUAUAUACAGUAGCUUUAUGUGCUCGUUCGUUGUGUAAAUUGUGUGUUUUUAAAGACGUCAAGAAAAAUGAACCCAAAAAAAAAAAAGGAGUGACGAAAAAGAGUUGGUGGUGUGACUGGUGGGGGAUUUGUGUUAUUAUCAUUGGUUGAUUUGUUAUUUUAAUCAUCAGGAUAUUAAAUUAUUA